AAGUAAGCUAUCGUUUGGUAUUCUCCCUUGGGUUACAUUCUCUUCAAAAGAACAUCAUGAAAUCGAUCACUCUCCUGGUGACCUUUGCACUUGUGCAGACGAUCAGCUCAACGCCGUGUACAGAUCUGUGCGGCUCCGUCUGCGAGAAUGGGAAAUUCGUCUGCGACGCAACCACCGUGCUGCCCGAGUAUUUCAGCGCCUGGUGCGUAGCGGGGUCCCAAUUCUGCCAGAUGGCUUGUGGCGCUGUCUGUGGGUGCGUGGACAGCUGCGGAGCCCAGUGCGGGGCUGAAUGGAACAAAUGUUCGGGCGAGGACCCAUCAGAUCUCUUGAAGGUGGAAUUCUGCGAGGCUUCCUAUGCCAACUGCAUUGUCACCUGCGGAACAAAGUGCGGCUACUCGAACGCUGUCGGACUUCUUUCUCAGGCUCCACAGCAAAUUACCUCUCUUGUCAGUGGAUUCCUAGGAUCUAUGGCAGGGCGUUAACUACUAAGAUUAUAUUAUGUGUAAUCAUUAGACAAAAAAAUAUUGUAGAUCUAUAACAAAAUGUUUC